AUGAUUCUCGUCUUGAUAGAAAUAAGUAAGACAAGGGUUUAUGUAAAAAAUUAUGGUCUUGAACGACAACAUUUAUUUGCUGAUGCAACAGCUCAACGUGCAAUUAUUGAUGUUAAACAACGUGAAGCUGCUCGUCGAAUAAUUGAUACAAAAAAUCGAUUGGAAAAAAUCUAUGCUAAACAACGAGCACUUAAUGAAGAUGCAGCUAUUGCUCAACAAGAUCGACGUGCUGCUGAAUUAAUGACUAAAAUUGCUGAUGUUGAUAAUCGUCGAACACAAUUAGCGAGUCAAUAUUUACGUGAGAAAAUUGAACGAGAAGUAGCAUUUGAAACUGAAGGAGCCGCUAAAGCUAAAGUACAAUAUGCUGAACAAGAAACACGACAACAUGAAGAUCAUUUACGACAUUUUCAAAAAACGGCAAGUAAAAAUGAAGAGGCUGAACAUGAUUUACAAGAAUCACUUAAACAAGUAGAAUAUGAACGACGUAAAAAAGAAAUUGAAGUAAAACAAAUACGAGAAGAAUUAAAUCGUAAGAAAAAACUAGAUGCCAUUAAUGUACGUAAGGAAAUAUCACGUGCUGAACACGAAGAAAAAGAAUUAGAAGAACAAAUCAUUAAAGAAAAAGCAGAAUUAGAUAAAUUACAUUCACGACGUGAAGAUAGUUAUUUACGUUUAAUAAAACAUCGAGAUCAAAUACGUGACAAUAGAAUUUUAUUAGAAACACAUCAACGUGAAUAUGAACGUCUUCUACGUGUUCAUGCUCGAUCACAAUCCUUACAAUCAUUAAAUAAUAUUUAA